GAGCAGACGAAUUUGAUCGCCGACUUCAGCAAGCCCUACUGUCUGCCUCUCAUCGAACGCGGCAAACAUUCUGAUCUGAAAGCGAUCACCCAUCAGACGCUGGUAGACGUUUUGCGUGGUGGCUACAGUGAAGUUGUAGGUCGCUACACCAUCGUAGACUGUAGAUACCCGUACGAAUACGAAGGUGGCCACAUAAAAGGCGCCAUCAACCUCUACACGAAGCAAGCCGUAAUAAACGAACUGAUGUACAACAGCAACGAAUAUCUAAGCAGGGAGCGCAACAAACGGUCGAUAAUAAUAUUCCACUGUGAGUUUUCUUCAGAAAGAGGUCCGAAAAUGAAUCGCUAUCUUAGAAAUAGGGAUCGCGAAGCUAAUGGCGACAACUACCCUCAACUCGUCUACCCAGAAAUAUACCUCCUAGAACAUGGCUACAAAGAAUUUUUUCAACACCAUCGUUGCCAUUGUACACCAGCUAGCUACGUUCCAAUGCUUGAUGAAAGGUAC